AAAGGCAACCAACAGCUCAAAAAACCGCAGAAGAAUUGAAGGGAGGGGAGGGGCGGGCGAAGAAAGAAAGAAAGGAAUGGAGGCGAGUGCAAUGAGAGCCGCUCUCUUCAUCGUCCUCGCCACCGCCGCCGUGACCGCCACCGCUUCUAGCGAAGCCGACACCGUGCUCUUGCUCUCGACCUCCUUAGACGCAGAUUUUUUUCUGGGGAAUGUCUCUUGGUCGGCUCGGGUCUCGAUCUCGCGGGGAUUGGACUUCUUUUUCCGAUGGGAGGAAGGGGAUUUCUUGGAUCGGGUCGUGGUGGGGUGGAGGGUGGCGCGGAAGAUGGCGGUUGCGCCGCUGCUGCGGGCAGCGGUGGUGCUGUGCCUGGCGAUGUCGGUGAUGCUGCUGGUGGAGGUGGUAUCCAUGGCCGUCUGCAGCCUCGCCGUCAAGCUCCUCCGCCGGCGGCCGGAGAAGCGGUACAAAUGGGAGCCCAUUAAGGGCGAUCUCGAGUCCGGCAAUCUGGCCUACCCCAUGGUCCUCGUCCAGAUCCCUAUGUACAACGAGAAAGAGGUGUACAAGCUAUCAAUUGGGGCUGCGUGUGGGCUCUCCUGGCCGUCGGAUCGAAUCAUCAUCCAAGUUCUCGAUGAUUCCACGGAUCCAACGAUCAAGGAUCUAGUGGAACUGGAAUGCAAGUUUUGGGCAAGUAAAGGCAUGAAUAUAUAUUAUGAGGUCAGAGGCAACAGGAAAGGGUACAAAGCAGGUGCCUUAAAGGAAGGAAUGGAACAUAGCUAUGUUCAACAAUGUGACUUUGUUGCCAUAUUUGACUCUGAUUUCCAACCAGAAUCCGACUUUCUUAUGAGGGCUAUCCCUUUUCUGGUGUAUAAUCCAAAGAUUGCUCUUGUUCAAGCACGCUGGGAUUUUGUGAAUUCUACUGAGUGCUUGAUGACAAGGAUACAAAAGAUGACCCUAGAUUACCAUUUCAAAGUGGAGCAGGAAGCAGGUUCAUCCACCUUUGCCUUCUUCGGAUUUAAUGGCACUGCUGGUGUGUGGAGGAAAUCAGCUAUUGAUGAAGCUGGUGGUUGGAAAGAUCGAACUACAGUAGAGGACAUGGACUUGGCUGUUCGGGCAAGUCUUAAAGGAUGGAAAUUUGUUUAUGUUGGUGAUAUUAAGGUCAGAAGUGAGCUGCCAAGUUCUUUUAAGGCAUACCGCCAUCAACAGCAUAGGUGGACUUGCGGGGCAGCAAAUUUAUUCAGGAAAGUGGCAAUAGAGACUGUAAUGACCAAGGAGGUAUCCUUGUGGAAGAAGUUUCACGUGCUUUACAGUUUUUUCUUUGUGAGGAAGAUCGUAGCCCAUAUCGUCACCUUUGUUCUCUACUGUGUUGUAAUUCCAGCAUCGGUUCUGGUUCCAGAAGUCAGCAUUCCUACCUGGGGAGUGGUUUAUAUCCCAACAACUAUUACAGUUCUCAAUGCCAUCAGAAAUCCUAGGUCGAUCCAUCUUAUGCCAUUCUGGAUUCUUUUUGAAAAUGUGAUGUCCAUGCACCGGAUGAAAGCAACCAUGGUUGGUCUGUUUGAGGCAGGAGGUGUAAAUGAGUGGGUUGUGACAGAGAAACUGGGAGAUGCUCUCAAGGGAAAGCCUGAGACCCAGAUACUCGAAAAGCCUCCGAUCAGAUUGAAAGACAGAAUCACGUUCUCAGAAAUUGGAUUUGCAGUCUUCCUCUUCUUUUGUGCAUGCUGUGAUGUUGCUUUUGGAGAAAAUUACUACUACGUUUACAUCUACCUCCAGGCUCUUGCAUUUUUGGUAGUCGGCUUUGGUUAUGUUGGCAGCUUCAUCCCCAACUCAUAGCAAUGCUGGCACAAUCAGUCAUCAUUUCUAUUACUUCUGACAAUUCUUUUGCUAGAUCAUAAAAAUCACACAUGAUGUGAGGAGCUGUUGACAAGGAAACCCCGAGUUCUGAAAUUGCUCCCUUGUAACAGUACAGUCAAAUAGAGGCUUCAACCCAAAACAAGAAAAAAAGAAAGAAGGGCCAGAUUUUUGGAGCCCUUGUUCCAGUGAUUUCACAUUUCAUCUAACCGACGCUCCGACCAUUCUUCUUGCCAGGUAG